AUGGAGGGGCUGCGGCGGCGCCUGUCUCGCUGGCGGCGCCUGCACAUCCAGGUGCACCUGGCGGACGAGGCGCUGCUGCUGCCGCUGUCGGCGCGGCCCCGCGACACGCUCAGCGACCUCCGCGCGCGCCUGGUGCGGCUCGGCGUGGGCUCGUGGGGCCGGGCCUUCUACUACAACGCGCGCCGCCUGCCCGACCACUUGACGCUGAGCGACGCGCGCCUGCAGGACGGCGCCGUGCUGCUGCUGCUCAGCGAGCCCAGGCCGGAAACUCCCCCCGGGUCCCUGACAAGGAGGACCAGCUGAUGUUCUUGUUCUGCCAUCAGGACUGGAGCAGCCGGACAUGGCACCCGGCAGGUGGGGUCAGGAUGCGAGGCAGCUCCAGUCUAGGAGGUGAAGCUUUAACCAGGACCCGUGGACAUGCUGGCAGAGCAAAGCAGUCUGGGGUGCAGGGGCCCCCAAAAAAUAGCUGGGAUGGAGUGUCCUAGGAGCCUGGACCUCAACCACAGGUGGCUUCAUAAAAGCCAUUUUGACCACCCAGGAUCUCUCCUUUUCUGUCCUGUUCUGCCAGGUUUGGGGGUCGUUCACCCCCGAAGCACUGCCCUCACCAGCUGAUGCCCAAUGCCUACUGCCUCGGACAGGCCUGCUGGAACCCCAGGCCCUGGUGUGAAUGAAGGAGGAGCUGAUGCUAGGAUCCCGCCAGCCCAGCUCUGAGCCUCAGUACCUGCAGAAAUUCCAUCUGGCCUGAAGAGACAGACUCAGAGGGAAGAAGAUGGGGGGUCCUGGAGAUGGGAGAGGGCUUUGUUCAUGCUCCUUGAUUAUUGACUUGGGGGCCACACCCUGCAGUGCUCAGGAGUCCCUCCUGGCUCUGGACUUGAAAGUCACUCCUGGAACUUUAUAGGAUGCCACGGAUCUAACCCGGGUCAGCCACUUGCCAAGGCCCCACUUUGUACAUUCUCAACUACUCCAUUGCCCGGCCACACCAGGACCCUGCCCGAAGCAAGCAUCCUUCCUACUUGACUCUAGCUCAGAUGCCGCCUCCUCCAGGAAAUGUUCUUGGAUUCCCUCCCACCCUUGUCCCUUUUGGGGACUCUACUGUGAACAGCCUGGGCUGGCCGCUGCAACGGGUUUAUCGCACCCCAAUUUCAAAUGACCUGUGGGGGGAGAACGGGUGACCACAAAGCCUUCUGCAGUAUCACACCCAAAUGUUCUUCCACUAAAU